AUGUCCACCACGGCCAUCCGGAUGUCCUCUCACGCCCCUUCACCAUCAUACGUCCCCCGAAGUAGUCUACCCAGUCGACCGAACUCUCCCGCUUUACCGCCCAAACCCGCCGGCGCAUUCCAUCAUGGUCAUGGACGAUCAUCUUCAACCUCGAGGUUGGACUCACACUCGCACACUUUGUCACCAUCAUUAGCAUCGGGUCAGGCCCCGACACCUAGGAUUGGACCCAUGGAGAGGAGUUCAAGUGGGUUGAGGAAUGAAGUUAAGGGUGAUUCGAAGAAAGAGAGAAGUAAAGCUGCAGAGGCUAUCUUAAAGAUACUAUCAUCGUUACCCGCCCCAUUACCCGAAACACUCCCGACGACUUUCCUCCCUACACCUUCUACCUCACCAAUCUCAUCGACCCCAUCGCCGCCUUCCGCACGAAGCUUUGGUGAAUACGCCCGUUCGUCCGUGAAGCGAAACAAGAGGAAAAGAUCGACCGAUUCUUCCGAUUCUUCCGGCUCUGACGGGCCUUCCUCAGCUGGCAUAGGAUUAGGUCUGGGUUUAUCGAUGUCCCCCACUGAUCAGACCGCAAGGAAAAAGGUCAAGAAUGAUACGCCUGCGUUGGACCGACGAACUUCACUUAGUAGUACGGCUGGUCGAGGAUUGACACCGAAUAUGGCUGGGUCAAGUCCUGCUUUGGGAGCUAAGAAAUUGGGUAAUAGCGCGCUGAGGAAUGAGCUUGGGGAGAAGGAAGAGGGCAAGGAAAGCUGGUCGAGGGAUAAAUGGAGGAAGAUGGCUCAGGUAUAUCGAGACCGAGCACUCCUCCUCAAACGGCACGGCGAUGCGUACCAACGUUCCGCCUCUGCUCACCCUCAAUUCACCUCGGUAUUGCCUCAUGACCCACUCAAAGGGUUAUUAUCGCACACCGACGCUGCGCUCCUCUGGCUCUACUCGUACUUCUGCGACGAGCAGGGCGGGGGUAGGGUCAGGUCCACACCGUAUAACGAGUCUGCGAAUCUGAGAGAUUUCGUCAGACGUAGUUGGGAGAGCGAAAUGAGAAAGGCACCAGAGGAAGAAUCAGGAAGGAGGGAAAUGGCUCAGGCUAUGGUCGGGUUGAUGCAUCUGAUUGAAGCUGUUAUAUGCUAUCAUCUCACUUCGGAACAACUUGCCCAUUUGAGUAAACGAGGUAGAGAAUUAGCUUCUUCUAAUGGGACACCUACGAAAUCGCCCGGGUCAACUACCAGCAAUUCACCUCCUAAUUCUGCAAGUGUGCAAGGUCCCGGUCAACCCCCUCAUCCCUCGCCGGCAGGUGGAUCAGGCAUGUCAACAUCUUCAUCUCCUGAAUCGACCUACGUCUCAUACUCCCUCCCUCCGGAUUUGUUACCAUUAAUAUCAACUAGUACCUCGUCGUCUUCUCGCGCACAGCAACACCUGUUGACAUCACGACAUCACCUUUCACUUAAAUUGCUACGAACGUGGUUCCCUAAAACCUUCAAUUUUGCCAUCAACUCCGAAUUGAAUGACGAAGCGUUACCUGUCCCUGGGGACUCCCUCGGCUCAGCGAGAAAGAUCGAUAUUGACUCCCAUCCCGAGAGGUUUGCCUGGCCGAUCGAGCUGGGAAUGCAUAAUCCCGUGGCGCACACGGUCGCUUUUGGGAGGUGUUUGGUGGAGGAGAUGGCCGAGGAGAUGGGUAAGGAGUGGGUGAGGGUGUUGGAGUGA